CUCUUCCCUCGCGGACUUCGCCAACUUCCGCGCACUGGUCGAGCAGACCAUCGACCUCAAGCAAGCGGAGCUGAGGAACUACUGCAUCAGCACGGCCUUCGACCCGUCCCUGAAGCAGCUGGCAAAGCAGCGCGACACCAUGAGGGAGCAGAUGGAGGAAGCGCGAGCCGACGUGGAGAAGAAGUUGGGCCUCGGAGGCAACAAGGCCAAGGACGGGCGCCUGUCCUUGACCGAAUGUCCGGAAGGCCUGGCCUUGAGAGCCACGAAGAAGCAUCAGCAGGCCAUCCAGGCCUUCACGGGGAAGCCGACCCUGAAGGUCCUUUCCAUCAAGAAGCAGGAGGUGAUCUUUACCACUGCAGAGCUUGGAAAGCUGAACAAGCAGCUGCAGCAGGCAGUGGACGACUAUCAGAAACAGACCGAUGCGCUCGUCAGCAAAGCGCUGAAGGUGGCGUCAACCUACUGUUCCGUGGUGGAGCGGCUUGCCGACGUCCUCGCCGACCUGGACGUCUUCGCUGCUCUUGCGCGCACGGCCCUGGCAGCGCCCUGCACCUUCGUGCGUGCGGAGGUAGACGAGACAGGUAAAGACUACGUCAUUGAUGGCGCUGUGCAUGUGCUGGUGGUCGCGAACUCCCAGCAGAGCUACGUCGCGAACGAUUUGGACAUGCACCGGGAUAC